AUGCCGCCCGGAGCGGGCAAGGAUCAGGACAAGGACAAGGUAAGCUCGAUCACGAGGCUGUCUCGCUCACAAUAUCAGAAGAAGCCCAAGUGGGAGCCCCCUGUCCCUACUCGUGUUGGAAAGAAGAAGAAGCGCGGUCCCGACUCGGCGUCUCGUCUUCCCGCCGUCUACCCGACGACGAGAUGUAAGCUCAAGAUGCUCAAGAACGAGAGGAUCAAAGACUACCUGUUGAUGGAGGAAGAGUUCGUCGUGAACCAGGCCGCGCACUCCGGAGAAGACCGGACGGCGGCGGACAGGAAAGGAGUUGACGACCUGCGUGGUUCACCGAUGGGAGUCGGAACGCUCGAGGAAAUUAUCGACGACGACCAUGCGAUCGUCUCGUCGGGCAACGGACCCGAGUUCUAUGUCGGAAUCAUGUCCUUCGUCGACAAGGACCUGCUCGAGCCUGGAUGCUCGGUUCUCCUUCACCACAAGACGCACGCCGUUGUUGGUGUUCUCGCCGACGACACUGACCCGAUGGUCUCGGUCAUGAAGCUCGACAAGGCGCCAACGGAGAGUUAUGCCGACAUUGGUGGUCUUGAGACGCAGAUCCAGGAGAUCAAGGAGUCGGUCGAGCUUCCGCUCACGCACCCGGAGCUGUACGAGGAGAUGGGUAUCCGCCCGCCCAAGGGUGUCAUUCUCUACGGUGUGCCCGGUACUGGAAAGACGCUGCUCGCGAAGGCUGUUGCGAACCAGACGUCGGCGACCUUCCUGCGUAUUGUCGGUUCGGAGUUGAUUCAGAAGUACCUCGGAGACGGACCAAAGCUCGUCCGUGAGCUGUUCCGUGUCGCGGAGGAGAAUGCGCCGAGUAUCGUGUUCAUCGACGAGAUCGACGCCGUCGGAACGAAGCGUUACGACUCGACAAGUGGAGGAGAGCGAGAAAUCCAGCGAACCAUGCUUGAGCUGCUGAACCAGCUCGACGGUUUCGACGAGCGCGGAGACGUCAAGGUCAUCAUGGCCACGAACCGUAUCGAGUCGCUCGAUCCCGCUCUUAUCCGUCCAGGACGUAUCGACCGCAAGAUUGAGUUCCCUCUUCCCGACACGAAGACGAAGCGACACAUCUUCAAGCUUCACACGUCGCGCAUGUCUCUCGCGGACGAUGUCGACCUCGAGGAGCUCGUCAUGACCAAGGACGACCUUUCUGGAGCCGACAUCAAGGCCGUGUGCACGGAGGCGGGUCUGCUUGCGCUUCGUGAGCGCCGCAUGCGCGUCACGAAGGAGGACUUCACGACCGCGCGCGAGAAGGUCCUGUACAGGAAGGACGAGAACACUACUCAUGAAGGAGUACAAGGACCUGACGGCGGACCCGAUCAACGACACGCUAACGGCGGGUCCAGUGAGCGAGGACAACAUGCUCGAGUGGGAGGCGCUGAUCCAAGGUCCGGAGGGGACGCCAUAUGCGUGUUUGCCGCCAAGCUCUACUUUCCCUCCGACUACCCGCUGAACCCGUUCAAGAUGGUCUUUGACCCGCCUCUGCUGCACCCGAAUAUCUACCCCAACGGCAACGUGUGCAUUUCGAUCCUGCACCCGCCCGGAGACGACCCGCUGCGGUACGAGAGCGCGAACGAGCGCUGGUCCCCCGUCCAGGGCGUGCGUUCCGUCCUCCUGUCUGUGCUCUCCAUGCUCGCCGAGCCCAACAUUGAGUCUGGCGCCGACAUUGAGUGCUGCAAGCUGUACCGUGAGAACAAGCCUGAGUUUGAGCGCCGCGUCCGCGAGCAGGUCCGGUCACUCCUGGGUCUGUAA